CUCCCCUCCUCUCACCAUGAUUUGGACAAACUCGUUCCUUGUCUCCCUGGCGGGUGCUACUCAUGUGGCCGCCCAGUCGUUCCAGCAAACUCCCGUCAUGGGCUGGAACUCUUACAACCAAAUGUCGUGCAGUCCAAAUGCCGAUAAGAUCACCACAGCCAUCAACUCUCUUGCCAGCCGCGGAUUCGUUGCUGCCGGCUACAAGUUCUUCCAGAUCGACUGCGGGUGGGCUUCCAGGGAUGGCCAGCGAAACUCGACCAACGGCGCCAUAAAGGUGGAUUUGAAUGCUUUUCCAAACGGACUCCAGCCGCUGAGUGAUCUGGCAAGGUCCAAGGGAAUGAAGUGGACCAUGUACUCGGACGCAGGCGUCAGGAUGUGCGAUCCGCAGUCACCGAGCCCGGUCCUGGGCUCUCUGGGCCACGAAGCUGCAGACGCGGAAUUCUUCAAGUCGCUGGGUACCGAAUACGUCAAAUACGACAACUGCUACGCGGAUGGGCCGGCAGCCAGUCAAAACGCGCCCAAGAAUGCGCGGACUGACUUCCCGUCUCGCAUGGGCGCCAUGUGGAAGGAGCUUCAGCGAGUGGGAAUUCCCGGCAUGUUGAUAUGCCAGUGGGGCGUUCCCUACUCGUCGUCUUCGGGCUUGCAGGGACCCGACAGCUGGACAAAGGGGAUAUCCACGUCGUUCAGACUGUCAGACGACAUCACCUCGGGUUGGGCUUCCAUGUAUCGCAUCUACAACCAAGCCGUCCACAUUGCAAAGAACGGGCUGACUGGCCCCGGACACAUUGGCGACGCUGAUCUCCUCGAGGUGGGCAAUUCAGCCAUGACAUUUGAUGAGCAAGCAACGCACUUUGCGGCAUGGGCUAUGCUGAAGUCGGCGCUCAUGAUCUCGACCAAUGUCCCGGCUUUGUCCGACCAACUGGUUGCCGUGCUGCAGAACAAAGACCUCAUUGCCAUCAACCAGGACUCGGCCGUGAAGCCCGUCACUCUCCGUCAACGAUGGACUGGCGACCGCGAUCUCUGGGCGGGCGAUCUCGCCAACGGAGACAUGGCUGUUUUGGCCGUGGACCUCAGCAACGCUGCCCGCACCCUCAGCGUGCAGCUAUCCGAUCUCGGUAUUGCAUCCGCAUCCAUCAAGGACCUCUGGAGCGGCCAGACGGUCAGCGGGUCUUCGUACUCCAAGCAAGUGAAAGCCCACGGCUCCGUCGCUCUCCGCCUCUCCAACAUCCGCCUCUCCACCGCCACCAAGCCCAAGUACACAUACAUCGCCGUAUCCACCGGAUCGCUGUCGUCGGGCGCAAACACGCAGUCCUGCUCGGGCUGCAGCUCUUCCACCCGCGUCGGCAACCUGGGCGGCUCCUCCAACGGCCGCGUAACAUUAUCCAACAUCCGCACUUCGCAAGCCACGCAGACAGUGCUCUUUGACUACAUCAACGGCCAGGUCGACUACAUGGGCGGCACCAACGAGCGCGUUGCAUCCAUCAGUGUCAACGGCGGAGCCGCCAAGACCGUCAGCUUCCCACUCAGCGGCUACAACUGGGAUGUCAAUGUCAGCAAGGGCUAUGCUGUCGAGCUCUCUGGAUUCAGCACCACCAGCACAAACACCAUUACCAUUUCCGGGGCCGGAAGCGCCAAUGCACCCGACUUUGACAGGAUUGGUGUUGUUGCAUAGGUUAUGCACAGGGCUGAGGAUGCAUGUCGAUGGCAAGAGAAGAAGAGUUUCUAUGUUCAUAUUUCCAACAUUACAGAUUUUGUACAUGCUUUCUCGUUAGUAUAUAUAUAUAACAUUGGAUAUUUUUCGGUUAUGCAGCGUCUCGAUGCAUGUUCAGUCACAGCCUUGCACUCCGUUAUUCUCAUGUAGCUUAUGCUUAGCUCGUGCAAGUUCUAUCAAGCCCAU